AUGAAGUUUUCUGUAAUCGCGCCUGCGCUCCUCGCUGGCGUCGCCCAGGCCUGGAGGCCCGAGGACCGCGACCUGGCCGCUUUCAACAUGACUGCUCGCUUUGAGCAGCUUGGAAAGCGCUUCAAGCCUAGCCUUGGCAGCGGAAUCAACAAGAUUCGCGGUGUCAACUUUGGCGGCUGGCUUAUCGGCGAGCGCUGGAUGAUGACCAACGAGUGGGAUAACGUCAUGGGAUGCGCCGGAUCUGCGUCCGAGUUUGACUGCAUGAGGGACCACUACUCUGGCGGCAACCGCGAGCAAGGCAACCAGAAAUUUGAGAACCACUGGAGAGACUGGAUCAACGCGGACACGGUCCAGUCUGUUCACGACGUUGGCCUAAACACGAUCCGCAUCCCCAUUGGCUACUGGUCCUAUGUUGACAUUGUCGACAAGGACAGCGAGCCCUUUGCCGACGGAAACCGCAUGCUUCCGUAUCUCGACAAGGUGGUCGCCAAGGCGGCUGACCUCGGCAUCUACGUGAUUAUAGAUUUCCACGGCGCGCCCGGCGGCCAGCAGGAGGACGUCUUUACCGGCCAGAACAACCACCCGGCCGGCUUCUUCAACGACUACAACUUUGGCCGUGCCGAAAAAUGGAUGUCGUGGAUGGCGCGUCGCAUUCACACCAACAACGCCUACCGCACCGUUGGCAUGAUCGAGGUCCUCAACGAGCCCGUGUCCGGCCACGACGCCGCCGGCCGCUACCCGGCCCCCGGCGAGGUCCCCGGCCUGAUCCAGCAGUACUACCCGGCCGCUCUCAAGGCCGUCCGCGACGUCGAGGCCGAGCUGGGCAUCUCCGACGACAAGAAGCUGCACGUGCAGUACAUGUCGGCCAAAUGGAGCUCCGGCAACCCCCGGGACGCGAGCGCCGUCGCCAACGACCCCCGCGUCGCCUUUGACGACCACAACUACAUUAGCUUUGGCCUGCCCGACGACCAGCGCGGCGACCAGGGUAGGCUGAUGCGCAGCGCCUGCACCGACUCGCGCGUCGUCGACGGCGAGGAGGACUUUGACAUUACGGGCGAAUGGAGCAUGACGUCCAGCGUGGACUGGCACGACGCCGGGUUUUUUAAAAAGUGGUUCACGGCGCAGCAGCAGCUCUACGAGAAGCCGGGCAUGUCUGGAUGGGUGUUUUGGACCUGGAAGACGGAGCUGAAUGACCCUCGAUGGACGUAUUCGUACGCGACGUAUCUCAAGUACGUGCCCACAGACGCUGCCAGCCUGGAGCACAAUGUCUACCAGGAUGUCUGCUCUGGGUACAGGUGA